AAAUGCUCAGUAAAUGGAGCUCUGCUCUGGGUAAAGAAUUAAAAAUUACCAGUUUCAUUUGCGAAUUGCAUUUUAAUUCAGAAGAUGUGAUUAAAACUAAUAAAGAGGUUCUAAAAGAUGGCAGUAUAUAUGUAUAUGAAUACGAGAGAGUUCAUUUAAAGAAGAAUACUAUACCAAAAUCUAAUGCUCCUAACAAUGCUAAUAACAAUGUAAAUAAUUACAGCUUAUUAUCAGAUGAUGUAAACGAAGUAAUUGAGCCUGAUAAUAAAAAUUCUACAAACGCAAAUCUUCCUGAUAGUACAAAUAAUGUGAUUAAUAGUGAUAAUUUGCUAAUCAUAAAUGAGCCCGAAGAGUUUUCUUUAUAUUCCAUAGAAAAAAUUUUAGAAGCUCAACCAUUACGUAAAAAUUGGAGUUGGACAGUCAUUAAAGAUUCAUAUAUUUCAUUAUCAUAUAUAAAUUUGAAAUUGGAAUUAGUUUGUCACGUAAAAAUUGAUAAAGAUCUGAAAGUUACGAUCGUAAAUGCCAAAACGAAUCUCCUUAUUGAUAUGGUUGUAAAUAUUUCAUCAAUUGAUUGUGUUUGGCAAUUAUUAAGCUCUUUAGAAAACAGCUUUUUCUGCAGUGGAACUGGAUACAAUGACAAGAAAUGUUCGCUGAGUUGUACUGGUGUAUUAUUAGCAGAUGAAACGUAUAAAAAAGAAGUGGAGGAGCACAGGUGCAUUAAUUGCCGAAAAUUGAGGCGUUUGAUACAAAGGCGUAAGAAUAAUACAUCUGAUUAUGAAGCCCGAUGGAUUAAUAUCAAACAUCGCUUAAUUUUAGAGCGCAGAAAGCUCAAUCGAGUUGUUCAUCAGAAUACAAGUUUAAGGCAAGAAUUAUUAAAUUUAAAAAAUCAAUGUGCUGAAAUUGAAGAAGAAGUAUUAUCUGAGAAAAUUGCCGAUUUACCUGUUUUGCAACAACAAACAGUUCGAAAUUGUUUAUUUGCUGCAAAAGCUAAG